AUGCCGGGGGCUGGGUUAGAGAUGAAAAUCAGGCCCCCUCCACCACCACCUCUGGCAAGUUCAGAGGUACCAAAAUUGCGAAAGGAAGACCAAAAGGCACGAAAUGCACUCUUAGCUGACAUCCAGCAGGGAACUCGCCUAAGAAAAGUGACUCAAAUCAAUGACCGUAGUGCACCACAGCUUGAAAAACCCAAAGGAGCUAACAGAGAUGGCGUUAAUCCAGCCAUUAACAAAGGCGGCUCUCAGCAGCCUCUGGGAGGCUUAUUUGCUGGUGGCUUUCCUGUUCUCAGACCAGCAGGCCAGAGGGACAUGCCGGCUGGAAGGCCUGGGCAGCUUCCCGGAAUCCGAGCAGCGGCUCCCAAGCCCUCCGCCCCAGUGAACAGCAGUGCUGCAAAGGCGAGCAGUAACCCCUCGAAUCCCGCCGAAGGCCCACGGGCGGCUGUCCCACCGGAGCCUCCCAGCACCUCCCGAGCCGCAGUCAGCCCCGGGCGGCCCAGCCUGCCCGCCCCCCCUCCACCGCCUCCUGCUUCCAGCAAACCCUCCCUCACUUUCCCUCCUCCUCCCCCUCUCCCCCCUCCAGCCGAGCGCCCCCCCAAGAGCGUGUCCCCCAACGCUGCUCCUCCACCCGCGCUCCCUACUCCUCAAGCUGACAAACCCACUAAGUUUCAAGCAGGUGCUUCACACCCACCCCCUCCUCCUCCUCUUCCCCCUCCCCUGCCCCUCCUGCCCCCCUGCGGGUUUCCCGGCAGGACAACCGAUUUGUCUGCUGCUGCUUCCUCUCCAUCUGAAGGAAGGGAUUGUCCACCUCCCACACCGCCCCCCCCACCUCCUCCUCCACCACCACACAUGCACCCCCUGACCUCAAACAGGCUCUCCUUUCCACCCUCCCCAGCCUUCAGCAGUGCUCUCAGCAGUGCUGACGUGCCCCCUCCGCUGCCCCCCAAGUCUCCCCACCUGCUGUCACAGUUCCACAAGCCAAGCAGUAUUCAGUCGCUGCCACUUCCUCCCACCCCUGGCCUCCCUCAGCCCGCAGCGGUGGCAGAGACCAGGAAGAAGAGACUUGGCCGAGGCUCAGGAACAGGUGCUGGGAAGCUAGUCACUCCUCCACAGCCACCAGCAAGAUCACCAACAACUGAACUUACAAGCAAGUCUGGAGUCUCAGCCUGGGCUACAGCUUAUGACCCCUACCCAGCACUUAAAAAUGGAAAUAUGCACAUCAUUGAUGACUUUGAAUCUAAAUUUACUUUCCAUUCUGUGGAAGACUUCCCCCCACCUGAUGAAUUCAAGCCAUUUCAGAAAAUAUAUCCCAGCAAGAUAGCUAGAGAUCCCUCUAAAAAUCCUCCAUUAAGAACACAUGUGAGAUGA